GAAAAAAAAAAGAUGUCAGGUGAAUUUAGGCAUUCCUCACCGGUGGGCUGCUAACCUCGUUGUUGCGUUUAAUUUUUUCACAAUUUUUUUGUUUAAACGUGAGUUUUUAUAAAAAAAAAAAAAAACAUUCGUUUUCACACCACCCCCGCGCUAUACUCAUUAUGUUCCCAAGCUCCUAUGGUGUCCUCUAUAAAACACCAGAUUACUAUCAUCCGCCCGAAGAUACCACAGCACUGGCCUCGAACACUUACUAUCCCAAUCUGAAUUCCCGCGACUACGCCAAACGUCCACACAAUCGCCAGCUACGCAUUCAUCCAGCAUGGGAAUGUGUAGCGGUGAAUGUGGAUGGGACAUAUGCUUUGGCAACCAACAAACUAACGGGCCGUGAAUGGUCCAGCUCAUUGUGGGGAUUUGAACGUCGCGAACAUAUUGGCGCCGAAAAGAAAUCCCUCUAUAAGCUGCAAUGCCAUUCAUUGAUAUCGGCAAUGCAUUUUGUUGCUAAAAAUAUUCUCCUUAUAUCCUUUCAUUCCGGCUGCGUACAACUUUGGUCCACUAAAACCGAAGUGCGCAGCAUUAAUCCGUAUUGUUUGUUCAUGAUUGGGGAACGUUAUGAACAUACCCAUCCAAUUUUAUGCUUGGAAAAGUUCAAUGCUGAUCCAAAUAAAGCAAUUACCGGUGGGAAGGAUUGUAUGUUGAAGAUUUGGGACAUGGGAAAGGCAGAUUUAACUUCCGUUCAUACUUUGCGACACGCACAUAGCGAUGUCAUUACAGGCGUUGCCACUUCUCUAAGUCAGCCGAACAUCUUUGCCACUUGCUCUUUAGAUAAAUCCACAUUAUUGUGGGAUGAUCGACAAGCACGUCCGGCAACAGCAAUAUACGACAAUCAUACAGACUGCUUUAAGGCUUGCGCCUGGGCAACAAAGGCCAUAUCUCCAGACGAAAAGAUCAUCCAUCUCGGCGACGAAGAUGGUAAAAUUUUAACAUGUGAUAUACGAAAGCCAAAUGAAUACAUUGAACAAUUUACUUAUAACGACAAACCGGUCAGGAAGAUAAUUCCAAGGGGCUCCCGAUUAGCUGUGAUUGGUGAUUCAAACAAAGUGAAAGCCUUCGAUGGAGAUGUACAAAUUUACGAAUCGUCCGAACCAAGGAAUUUCGUUCGUGACGGUCUCUGGACAUCGGACGAUGAAUUCUUUACAAUUGGAUUCGAUGGACAGUUAAGGACGCACGUUAUAGCUGCGCCACACCGUUGCGGACAGUGUGAUGAGUGUGUCGCCAAUUUGGAGAAAAAACAAAAAGAAAUUAAUCUUCCUAAUGAAGAACCAUGAAUUGGAUAAUUUUUUUUUAUAUAUAUAAUUUUUCUUUUUCGAUAGUUUUUAUCUCCUAUAUUUUGCCUUAAAGAAAAAAUAAAUUGCUUACGCUUUUGGCAAUAUAAAGUAAAAAAACACACCCACACACUACAACACUCCCCUCCCGCAUAACAAAAAAAAAAAAAAAAAAAACAAAAGAAAAAACUCGUUUGCAUUAUUAAUUUUUUUUUAAAUUAGUGUUAGCUGAUAUCUAUAUAAUAAUCAAUAUAGAUAUUAGAUAAGAUGACAAAAAACGAAGCAGUUCCACUUGGUAAGAGGAAACAUUUUUAAAAAUUGUUAUUAAUUAAUAAAUACAAAAUAAAAUUGGACGAAUGUUAAAAUUUAAUUAAAAAAAAAAUGUAAAGACAAAACCAAAUUACAUCUAAGGUUUUUCGGUCAAUAAAAAAUGAAACUAAGAUAUUUUUGCAUAA